ACCUGCUCGUUACAGCUGCACUUCUCUGAAGCCCUUCUUUAAGAUUUUCUCUUAAAAGAAAGGUUUUUAUUAUCAGGGCAUGAACAGUUUAUUUUUAUUUCCCACUGGCUCUGUUAACAGCUGACUUGAGAGUUGUUAAGGUGUGAUGCAAAGCCAGUACUGCAUAAUGUAUUUCAUAUUAAUUACAGAGUCUGCUACGUGAGUUUAUCAAUGGUUAGCAAAUAUGAAUGCUUCUGUGAGUCAGUCGGUUUUGAUUUUGCAUCUCAGCAGAUGGGGGCUCUGGCUGUGGGACAGUUGCUGCAGUAAAGGCAGAUCCAUACAGUGGGAAUGCGUCCCGCCAUGGGUGCCGCACUCUGUAGCUGAAUGCGAGAAGAAAAAACCUAAAUCCUUAAUCUGAAAAUUAAAGGAUUGCUGUCUGUAUAACACUGCUGAAUAACAUUUGUGUAUCUAUUUAUUUAUUUUAAGACAAAUCCGAUCCCGCGCGUUGGUUUCUUUAAGUUGGACGGCGGCGGUUGUCAAUGUGAGUCAUAGGGGGCAGACUUCAGGCUACUCUACAUGCAUACAGUAGGGCUGUGACAUCAAGACCAUCCACUUAAUGGAAUGCAUAUUAUGCGGCAUGGAGAUGUUGGGAGCUGUUCACUGUACAGUGUGAUCAAACUAAACUGUCACCUCUGUCAUCUUUAUUUUGGAGAUAUUCUUGAUAGGAGGUUGAUUUGGUAGGACCGUUAUCAUUUUCCACUCCUUAUUCCAGGGACAUCUUUGUGAGCAUGACUAACUUAGCACCUGUGUUAUGUAACUGCACAAUAUUAAAAGUGUGGGUGUUCUUUGUGUUGACACAAGGACCUGAAUGUUGGGCUAUAUGUCAAACAGGUCUGUCUGAAGACUCACACUGAACAGCAUGUGAUAUGAACAACUGCUUGGCGGCACAACUGUGGCCACACACAGACUCACAGACUGUAACAAACACCUCCGUCUUGCCCACAUCUUAACUGGGAUUUUCUCUUAGUCCCACUAAACAUGCCACUGGGAAGGAUUGUAUGAAGGCAAAACUGACAUUGGUCACUAUGGUUGUAAUUUUUUAUAAUAUGCAUUUUUCAUUGUUGCUGUUAUGGAAUUCUAAGGAAUUACAGAGGCAUCUUUGCGUGAUGUCUACCUGGAAAACAAUCCUGCCGUUUCCUAUUUUAACUGAAGAUCUAAGAUUGGAGCUUUCUAUAAUACAUAAGACGCCUACUUGUGAAACUCUACAGAUCCCCCGCCUCAGUCUUCAUUCACAUUUUUACCCCCGAGUAACAUGAGUCUAAACAGGCGUGAUAAAAUAUUAACCCUUGCACAAAUAAUUCAUCAAACCGCUCCAAGGACAGGGGGAAAGUAUUCAGACGGAUUUUACUCCAAACCACCUGUUUCAGUGUUUUGCUGUGUAGCUGCCACGCUCUGGAAAUAACCCAGUCACUUGUGUUCGUCUUAUCAUGUGGACUUGUUGGACGUGGUUAAUGGAGAUAUUCAGUUAUCUAAGCGUUGUUUACAUAGAAAGAUCAGGAAAUCCAUUAGCUUCCCACAUGUCCUUACUACAAGUACAACAAAGACUUCUGGUUUACCAGAUGUCAGUAGAGGACCUGUGGCUGUUUACACAGGGAUUUUGAUAGGUGUGUACAUAUAACACAUCAGUCACAUGUUUGGUAGCAGCUCACCCAGGAGCCAUUUACUUAGGCAGGGAGCAUACCCUUAUGACAUUUUGCAGGUUCUGUUGUGCAUUUAAAGCAAGGUGAAAGUGAUCUAUGUGAAGGAAAAUGUUUGUUAUGUUCUGAAAGAUUGAACACAUGACUUUUUCUUCAACAGUAAAUUUGGAUGAUUUGCAAAGGAAUGCUUUCCCUCCUCGACUUAAAACAUAUAUAUGUAUAUAUAUGUAUAGAUACAGUGAUUCAUCAGGUGUUUUAGUGUAUCUAAACAGGAGGAUAGAGUGCACAGUUCAAAUAAUAUUCAAACAGUGUGUAAAGUUUGCAGCCUGCAUUAAUUUUAGCUGCAACGUGUAUGCUUGAAUUUUUCCAUUUGCAGAAUAGCAUCCACCACCGAGGUGCACAUCGUGUUUCUGUAUCCAAAAAAGCCGAUACAGAACUGAUUGAUCUGCACAACAAACAGCUGCCUGAUCUGUGCAACUUGUUGAGCACGGGGCUCUUUGUUUACCAUGAACCCAGCGCGGUUGUUAAUAUUUUAUGACGAGUCACGUUACACAGUUCCCCUAGAUUUGAGAGGAGCGAUCCUCGGAAACAUGAAUCUCAAAACUGAAUUUUAAAGAUUUGCCAAAGCCAGCUGGCCUGGGGAAUAUCAUAGUCUUGUUUUUCCAUGAUGAUCUCCAUGUGGUUUGGAAAUCAGACAGACAACUAGUCACAAUAUGUUUUGUUUUUUCAUUCAAGUCCAAUUACCCCUUUGGUCAUGCAGUCUCCUCAGAAUUUAUUUGCAUUGCCAAAGUGUGGAUAAUUUAGCUUUUGCUGUUGUUUACAUAGGUGGAUACUGUCGCUGUGUUGUAGGCCUACUGUACCCACCUGUUCAGAGUGAUAUAUGUAGUUAUAUAUGUACUACUAUUUUUACUGGAUAUUGGAAGAAUAAUGAAAUGAUAGUAUUUCCUUGUUGAGACAUACUUUUUUAGGAUCACUUGUUUUAAUUAGCUGCGGUUUAUGUACACCAGCUGUGUGGUGACGCUGGAUAUUUGCAUGACUUGAACAGAAAGCUUUGUAGUGGCAGCAUUUGUAGAGAACAGCCUUCGCUUUACUGGGAAUAAUGGAUGGCUUUGGAUCAGGCCGGAUGUUUCAGCCAGACACCAGGUUUCUGUUUUCACUCCUUGUUAAUGUUACAACAGGUUGCUUGGCAACCCCCACCCCCCACCACCGAACCCCCUGUCUGCUUUCACCGUCUCCUGCCAUUGGAUGAAGUGGAUGGGGAAAUGAAGUGUUAUGCGUUGGCUUUUCAAGGUCGGUGGUGCACAGAACCCCCGCCCUGAUCACGGAUGCACGUAAACAAAACCGUGAAAAGAUCAUUUAUGCUUUGGUGAUAGAUUUAAGCAGCGCCCGCCUCCACUGCCGUCACAAGCACCACACGUCCCACACCAACCCCCAACCCACCCAUGUCAGCGCUGAUGGAAAACACCAGCAUCGCAGCAUUUGCUGGCAGAUAGUUUAAUGAGAAUCAGCAGACGUCUUGACUAAAAAUCUCACAGACCAAUCCAGAAUUCUCAAGUGACACUUGUACGCCACAGCUUUCUCAAUCGCUCACUGCAACAUGUAACAAAGAGUAAGGACCAUCUAAUAUUUUGCCACCACCUGUGAAGCGGGGCUGUUACAGACAGUGCUGCCUGCCUCUGUUUCUGGGUGUGACGGGGACGAGUCAGGCUGCACCGGCAUUCCUGAAAUAGAUGGAUGAUGGGGACCAGUUGGAGUCCUGCUGCACGCUCAUUUCACACGAGGAUGCCUUCAUAGCACUUAAAAUUGCUGGAUUAUCGCAUCGCUGUUUAUAUUCACGUUUAGCCGCCAUAUCCUAUGACUCAAUUAUCAAGUAGUGCUGUCACAUAGGCGCUCGGAGAGUUAUAUUAGGGAACACGCUCAGAGCUUCCAGUCCCUGUCAGAGUCCAAACAUUCAGCGGAGAUGAGGAAACACUUUGAGCGCACUCCGUGACAAUGAUUUGAAUUGUCAGCGCCGCUCACCUAAUGUGCAAGUACCUCCCAUUAUCUAAGCCGGGAGGAAUCUGUUGUGCACAGCUGUGCUCAUUAUGGAGUUAUGAGAUUAAAUAAACGCCAUGUCUUAUUCAUACUACCAAAUUAUAUACCUCUCUACUGUCUUAUGGACUUUAUUUUUUUCCAAUUAUGUCACUCUGUUUUCAUCUGAAACUUUUUAAACUAAAUUCAGCUCCUUUAAAAGUAAACUAUCUGAAAGUCCCUUAAGGAGACACCGCAAAGCUAGUUGGAUAUUCAGUGUUUAUCCUCUCUGUGAGGCCUGUGAGCCAAGCUCUCUCACUCUUGGAGUCAAGCCUGGAGCCCUUGCUGUGAAGAUGUAUCACCCUGGGUAAAUUGUCAGCUCCCUGACAUUCUUAUUACGCUGGCUCUAAAAGCCUAGCAGGCAUGUUAGAAGGAGCCUGGCUCUCUAACACAGUGUCUGUAACAGGCGGUUUGGUCCAUGCAGCCAACUGCAGUCCUCCCCAGGACCUCGGCACGUACCAGCCAAGUGUUUCCUGUCCCGGGGAUCUGGCCAUGGUCACUUCCAGUAACUGUCUGGGCUUCUCGGGGAUGCGUUGGCAGGUCGCUAGCCUCUCUGAGCGAUGGGGAACACAUCAUACAAUGACAAGUGUCAUGAGUGGGUUUGUUUUCCCUCCAAAAAGGACCUUUUUAUCUACAGGUGAAGAAUUAUCCUCAAAAUAAGCCCUCAAAUAUGAUAGUGAUACUGCAGGAUCGCUUUAAACUCUUCUUCAAAGAAUUCAAAGGCAUAGAAGCUGUCUUCAUACAACCCCAGCUUAAGCUUCUUCCAUUAUCAACACAAAUGUGUAAUCCUGUUCUCAGGACUGUAAUGAGGGUAGUGUGUAAGUUACAUACAUUUCCUUUUAUGCUGCAGUUGUUUGAAAUGAACUUCAAAUAGCUUUGGUUGAGGAAUGUGUAGAAUCCAAGGCUGGUGUCCAGUGUGGAAGCUGUUUAUGGAAGAGAGUGGGGAGGGUAGAAGGGUAGGUGGGGGGUCUCUUCUCAAUUAGGAGGAUAAGCUGCUGCUCCGGAGCAGCCAUUUCGAGCCAUGUUUGGAGCUGUUUGGUGGGAUCUGCACACAGCACUGGAUAGCUUCUCCCCUCUCUGCCAUUUGUUGACAAAGCAGAAGUCAAACUGCAUUACAUAACAGCUCUUUCUCUCCGUCUAUAGUACAGCUGAGCGUGUGAAGAGAGCUCUUUUGUGUUGACAUGGCUCACUUUUAAGGCAGCCUCUGACUGUUUCACAGAGACCCCUACCCCCCAUGGAGGGAAUGCAUUACAGUUCAACUUUGUAUCACCCUGCUUUGUUUAGAUUUGAAAAUGGACAGACAGGAAAUUUAGAUAAUCCAUAAGAUCAUACAGAUGGAGUAAUCUGUGGUGCCUGUAAAAAUGCUCCAAGAGCUUAAAUAUUGAAGUCAUAAAUCGAUUCAGGGAAAAAUCUAUUUAAAUAAGAGCAUGUAGGGUUUUACACUAAGGUUAGAAGUGAUAAGUUAGUCAUUUUGGUUAGUAAACUCCAUUCACAAACAAGUGAUUGAUGCACAGAGUUUUAAAAUAAUGCCAAAUAAUAAUCUAAUAAAAUAGAAAUAGCAAAAAAACAGUGAGCUUGACGCACAGUUUUGUCAGACAACUUCAAUAAAAAAUUUCCAAAAGGAAAGUGCCAAAACUACAAGCAAAGCUCGAGGUCCAGUUUAAGAUAAGGCUCAGACGAAGAAAAUCUGUACAAGACAUUGUGUAAUUACACAGGGGAUAAAGAAUAACAAAUUACAGCAUGUGUCUAUAUGAAAACUAUCCAUCCAUGCAUCCAUCUUCCAGUUUAUUGAGCCAGGGUCACAAUGUGACUGGAGCCUGUGGUAUCCAGCAUUAGGUGAGAGCCAGGGUACCCAACAGACAGGUCGACGGCCAUUCACAGGGUUAACGCAGAGAGACAGAAAACCAUUCAUGCUCACGUUUAGAAUGACGUGCUUGUCUUUGGACUGGAAAACCUGUACAGGCACAGAACAUCCAAACAGAAGGACAAUAAUGUUAAAAAUUAGGUGCUUUGUUGUGUUUUGUUUAUUAUUACACUUUAGGGAGCAAACCUAUUCAAGGAUGAGAAUAAAACAAGAGAGGCUUUCAGGCUGGUUCGUAAAGUAAAUACAACUGCUAACAUCUUUAAAACCCACCACAUCUUUAAACACCCCACCUCCCACUCCGUGUAAAUAUCGGAAAUGUUUCUGAAGCAAGUGAAGAACUGCAUGGAUAUUGCAAAAUUUCCUUAAAAAAUUUCUAGUAUGUAUCGAAAAAAUCCUGGACGGACGGACGGAUGGAAGGAUGGAUGGAACAACCAGGACAUAAAGAACAGGGUCUAUGACUUAUUUAUACAGAUAAAUUCGCGGGCUCUUUUCUGCAUUGAGCUUGUAAAAUCAUCAGGGGGAAAAGGGUUGUCAAAGAUUAUAUAAGUUGUUGAAAUUUCUCUUCCUAACACGGCGAUGUUCCAUGAGAAAAAAAUGUAAAUAUUUGUUGGUACCAUUAUAUAACUGAAGGAAGUUCUCCCUGAUCCAGGGAGGCAAAACUUUAAACAAUAAAAUCAGAUGUCCUGUGGACACAAAGAGCCACCCGCAUCAUUUAGGAGGACGAAGAGUGGCUCAAUCUUGACUGUUUUGUGAAAGAUUGUAGCUAAACUCCUUGGUAACAUUUUUUUUUCAGUACCUCAGUGUCAAACGCCUUUGCCAGAUACCCUUUCCCCUGUUUUUAUUGAUAUUAAUACAGUAAACAAUGUAGUUUUCCAUCAUAGAGUAAGAUAAAUUUCAUGUUUAAGAAGCUAGAUUAAUGCUGGGGAAGAAAGCUUUCCAUCAAUCUUAAAAUUAUUCAAGAUUGUGGGGAAGAUAAGAUUCAGGAUUUCAGAAAGUACUCAACGUGAAAACAGAGAAAGUUGCCAUAUUUUUUCUGUUUUAUAUGUAAAACUUUUAAAUGAAUCAGCAACAAGCGUUUGAAUACUGCCCUCGCGCUGGGAGGGAGCCUUUCUUUUGAAUCAGGGAUUCUGGGAACCCAUCAGCUACUGUGCUGGCUAAGCUUCUGGGUGCAAUGGGCCUUGAUGAUGGGGGCUUUCAGUGUAGCCAGCCAGUGGGCUUAGAGUUCCAUUUCUGCCUGCCAGCAACUGUUUACGAAUGCAGGUAAAUUAAAAAGAAAAAAGCCAAUAGAAUCCUCGUCACACGAUGGCCCGCUCAGACGUGAGUUGUGAAUAGCGCUGGGACUGCAGGCAGAUUCCGGGAAACCCGAAAGCAUCUGUGGCAUUGAAGACCCUAUGGGUGGCUGAAUCAUCCAGUAGCAAAUUGCAGCUAUCAUCUUUGGUCUGCCUCUCUGUCUCUCAUCUGCUGUCCUGCGUGAGCAUUUUAAGAGGCAGGAGGAUUUCCACAGUUGUUGAGUGGGUGCAACAUUCCCAGGUGGCAUGUGGUGACAGGUGCAUCUGAACACGCCUGUUGUCGCAAGCAAACAGACCCCCCCUGCAUAGCGAAAGGUCAAGGUCAACCCUGGGACUGUUCCGCCCACAUGAGACCCUCAAAGCUCGGCCGUGCGGCUCACGGGGCUUCAGAGGAUCCUGAUGUACGUCGUGGAAUAAGGGCUGUUUGUACACAUCAUCAGGAAGGGCUCUCCAGCAGAGGGCGGCGUAAGACCAAGCGCAACUCCCAUCCCUUCAGGUCCUCGAACAGUCUGUGCUGUCAGGAUUACACCUGUGAGAAGCAUGAAAGGCUCUCCUGACCUGAUUCCCACCCCAGAUUUGGACCCGAGCAGAGUUUGCAAAGGGAAAGGCGUGGUGACCCUAAGGGCCACUCUCGUCCACAUCGAUGAUGAGGACUGCAUCAGCGAUGAGCCAAACGUCAUCUCAACACCAAGUGGCUGGACAAGCCAGAUUAAUGGAGACAGCUCUAAAGCAGGACUGGCUGAGGGUGGCAGCAAUGACACAGCCGAUUUACCUCCUGUAAACAACACUCUGUGCCAGAACAAUUCAUCUGAGAGCAUAAAAAAUCAAGCUCCGUUCUCCACUGACAUUCAGAACUCGGUGACAUCGACUCCCAGCUCUGUUUAUCCCUGCACCAGCAUAGUUAACCCCACCAUAGUCCUGCUACAACACAACAGAGAACAGCAAAAGCAGCUUUCUCAUUCUGAAGACCCAACCCCAGAAAGGGACAAAAGCCCCGAAUCCAGAAGUGAAACUGUCAGUCCAGUCCCUGAAAUGGACGGGAAGAGGCAGCGGCUAUCACUGCACUCCCCUGUGCUGAGUCCUCUCAACAAGCCCAUUGUGCCUGCACGGAACACUGAAAAGUCCAAAGACUGGUAUAAGACAAUGUUCAAACAGAUUCACAAAAUACCUGAGCCUAUUGAGGAAAACCCUUACCGUCCCACCUACAUAUUCCCUGAGAGCUAUGAGAUUCAGGUGAAAUCGAAAGAUGAUGGUCCUACCCCCUUUGGUUACUUGGAAGAUGUGAGAGCAGUCCCACGCUCAAAAAGUGAGAAUGAGGUUGAUUCAAGAGGCUGCUCGAUGCCAGUGCCAAUGCGGUCGUCUUCCCUCAAACCCUCUGCCAAAAGGAAUGAGUGGGAGCCCCCAGAUAAAAAGGUAGACACCAGGAAGUACCGCGCCGAGCCCAAGAGCAUCUUUGAGUACGAGCCGGGGAAAUCAUCGGUGCUGAAGCUGGAGAGAACGACUCAGGAUGUAAGUCCAGAAGAUGUAGAUUUAGAGAAUGAGCCUUGGUAUAAAUUCUUUUCAGAGAUGGAGUUUGACAAAGCGAGUGCCCCCUCUUUCAGCCCCUUGGAAACAGCCUCCGACCUGCAGCAGUACUCCUCAAGCAAGUCUGGACACAGCGAGGUGGAGAAGGACAGAGGAUCAUCUACUGAUGAGCCUGUGGCUCCAGAAUGUGACCGUCAUGUUUACAAGAGUGUCCUAGAGGGCGGCGAUAUUCCCUUGCAAGGUCUACGGGCUCUAAACAAGCGCCCCGGCAGCUCCUCCUCCUCUAAAGUGGAUUAUAAAGGUGGGAAUGGCUAUAUAAUUUCACCCUGCUCCUCUGUAAAUAGUCGAUCGAGUCUUGCCAGUAAUGCAAUAGGUAACCAAUGUAAGAGUAAGAAGCCUCUAUCUGCUGCCAAAGCCUGCAUACCCCAAAUCCUGCCCUCUAAGUUUAAGCCCAAACUGCUGCCACCCUGUGGCAACAGUAAGGACAGCAGGACUAAAGAUGCCAGGCACCCAAAGGCCCACAGCUGUGAGGAUAUCUACACGGGGCAAUGUGACACAGACUGUGCUGAAGCGGAGGCCCAACAUUCAGAUUCUAGGUCCAGCUGUGGGAGUGAGUGUGGCGAUGGUCUCAGAAAUGUUUCCCCUGCAAUUAGGAGAAGCGCAUCAGAUUUUUCCAGCCUGUACAGGACCAUGCAUCACAUCCAGCGGCCCAGCUCGACCGGCUGCAGCCCACACGGCAGUGUCCGUAGCCUGACCUCGCUUUUUGAAAAACCAAAGGACAACGGGGAUGAGAGGUCAGAGGCAGAUGAUGGGGGUAGCAUUCCACGGGAUACUGUAUCCUCACGGGUCAACGAGUUUGAAAUGAUUAUCCAGCGCUCCACCUCGGCUCCCAGCCGCUCCUCCUCCUUGCCCAUCCUGCACUCCAGCCGCAGCCACAGCCCCAGCCACAGCCCUGCCCACCUCUACAUGGCCUCUGCAGUGUCAGCGGAGUCCCUUUUACUGGCCAACAACACGCAGGCUGAUGUCUGCAACCUGGACGAGCAGGAGGGCAAGAGCUCUGGGGAGGACAUGUCACCAGAAAGUGUGAUGGUGGAGGAGGCAGCUUCCUCCACUGAGGACAGACAUGACAGCAGAACUGAAUCCCCCUGUAACACAGAAGCAGAAGUUGAACAAAUCCUGAGAGAAAUUUCCCCAGAACUAAAUCACCAAAACAUCAGUGAAUCAAAGAGCCCCUCAGUGAUGCUUACAGCAUCUCCUCCGCAACACAGCAAUCUCCACCACCACCACCACCACCUCCUGCACCACUUGAACAAUCAACUCCUCCUCAAACCCAGCAAAUGCAAAGGCUCUUGCCCAGCUUCCUACACCCGCUUUACCACUAUCCUCAGGCAUGAGAGGCAGCAGGCCACGAACCAGCAGGAGAAGCAGCCACCCACAGAGAAGAAGACCACACUACCUGGAAACCUCUUCCUCAUGGGCCCCGCUCCCUUCAGGUUACGGAAGAACCCACAGUCCCAUCAGACUCGGAGGAUGUUGUUAGCCACCAGGGUGCCAGCGGGCACCCAGAGGCCUAUCAGUCUCUCGCCUGAGCUCAGACCUUCCAUCCCUCAGCGUCUGUCCUCCCUGGAGGUUCUGGAGAGGCUGAGUAACGGAGAGGAAAACAACACUGGCUACCUGAGUAACGGGCAGGGCUUGGACGCCAACGGGAACCUACUGCAGCCGCUGGCAGCUCACCGCAGAGACUCCUCCCCAGCUCACGGAGAAAGCCAGGAUGAAGUGUUGAGGAGGCGUCAUGGGGACAAAGAGAAAAUCUUGGAGGAGCAGCGGCGGCUGAAGCGGGAACAGGAAGAGGCUGACACAGCAUCGAGGCGACACACGAGCAUUGUCCCCACACACCACCAGUUCAUCACCAACGAGCGCUUUGGAGACCUGCUUAACAUCACAGAUAACACAGAGAAAAGGAAAUCGGGCAUAGAGAAAACGCCCGCCAUGGCUCGCUUUGACUUCAGAGCAGAAACUCUAAAGGAGCUGCCAUUUCAGAAGGGAGACAUUGUGUACAUCAUUCGACAAGUUGAUCAGAACUGGUAUGAAGGUGAACAUCAUGGAAGAGUUGGUAUUUUCCCUCGAAGCUAUGUUGAGCUCCUCCCCCCCACAGAGAAAGCACAGCCAAAGAAAAGUGCCCCAGUGCAGGUGCUGGAAUAUGGAGAAGCUGUCGCCCGCUUUAACUUCACUGGGGACACAGUUGUGGAAAUGUCCUUCAGAAAGGGAGAGAGGAUUACACUGAUUCGCAGAGUUGACGAGAACUGGUAUGAGGGCAAAAUUUCAGGCACCAAUCGUCAAGGCAUUUUCCCCGUCACCUAUGUAGAAGUUCACAAACGACCACGGGUCAAAAACGGGGUGGAGUACCCGGAUCCACCUGUCAGCCAUUCACCUCAGCGCAGCACCAAUGCUUCACCACAGCUGUACCGUAAUCAUCUGACCACCUCCCCUCUGCCUCUCCCUCGCUCCCCCCGCCGCUCCGUGUCCCCUGAGGUACAUGCUGUCUCCUCUGAGUGGAUCUCCCUGACUGUGGGAGGUGGGAGUCCCCCUGCGGCUCCCACUCCUCCGCUGCCACCACUGCCCACUGUGUCAUACCGUUGGGGCGAAUACCUGCCCCCACCUUUCUCUGCCAGCCCCGUGCCUCCCAUCACUGGCAGCCCAUACUGCGUCUCCCCCAUGGCCUCCCCAUCCGCCUCCCCUCUACCCCCGCCUUACCCACCCAGACCCAACUCGACCACCCCCUCCCUCACAUUUACCCCACCUCAAGGGGAGGACUUCCUGCUCUCUCCUUCCUCCCCACAUGUGUCACGUAGUGUGAGCCCCAGCAGUGGGCCGGUGCUGGAGUGCUGGCUGAGGGGGGAGAAGGAAUUGACAGAGGGGGAAGGCGCAGAGGGGGACAGGGGCCGCGCAGGCCCGGGCAGCAGGCGAAAUAGCCCUGCAGAGUUUGUAAAAAAUGAGGCCGACCAUCAUGGACGAAGCACCAGAAGCCCUGUGAUGCUGUUUGAUAUCCAAGAUAACAACAAUGUUAACUCGUUUGCGCAACCCCAGUCACACAGCAGCAGCCCGGAGCCGAACCGUCUGAACUGUGGAAUAUUUCAGGCUUUGUACAGCUACGUGCCGCAAAACGACGACGAGCUGGAGCUGCAGGAGGGAGAUCUCGUCAGCGUCAUGGAGAAGUGCGAUGACGGCUGGUUCGUUGGUACAUCAAAGCGGACAAAACAGUUUGGGACUUUCCCGGGGAAUUACGUGAAGGAGGUGAAACUGUAAAGCUAUCUAAUCUGGCUGUAACACACGGUUGCCUGUCAAGCUUGGGAAGUCAUAACUACCGCGCAUGGCUGUUGGUUAGAAUAGUCAUUUAGCCGGGCGAAUAUUUUUAUCUGGGAAAGUGAUCAGAUCGGCUCGAGGUAUGUCAAACUGCACGAGGCGAAGACGGGGACAGCUCACUGCCCAAACACCUCCAUCACAUUUUACGCACGUCUCCACAGAAGUCAUCGGUCUCCAUACGUGGAAUUUCUCUGUGAAAGCCUCCUGCAAAUUAGCUUUUCGACGUACACGUAAUAGCUUUUAUUGUGUGUGUGUAAUUUUACAGUAUGCAAGAGUUUGCGUAGCACCUCAGUCUAGAGGCAGGCAGCAGAGCAGUGUAUGGAUAAAAGGAGUGGAUCUUAUUACCUGAACUGGACCUGGGGAGGCGUCAGAAUGUGUUUUGAUCUUUCAGGGCCAGAGGUGUUUAACACCGCUGGCAAAGUAUGAUGUAAAUCAGGUAUCGUGAAUGAAAUUGAUUCGAUUUAGCUACUUAAAGAAAACCUGUAAUAUGAUCAGAUCACUCUAUGACUCUGUUAACCAGACAGUUCCCUUAAAAAAAACAGCUUAAAGUCAGUGCCCUCGGUACUUUAAAUACUUAAAGCCUUAUGUAAAAUGACCCUUUUUAAAAUAUUAAACUAUUUUCCUCCACAUUUUCUGAAUCAUCAGAAAAGUCAGUAUUUGCCUCACAGCAUUCACAACUCAUUGUAGCCCAAGUGUGUUACAUUGAAUACAGUAUUGUCUUCAUUCUCUAUCCAAAGGUUGCUACAGAGAAGUUAUUAACAGCCGUGUGCAUGAGUAGAAACUGUAAAAUGUUGAUGUGUGCUGCUGGCUUCUCUUUUUCUCAGUUUCCACUGCAAACACAUAUUACAGGACACGCAGAUUUUAUUGCAUGUGUCAUAAAAGUGAAACAAAAACUGUGUAUAUGCACAUCCUAUAUUUUGUAUAUUUUAAAACUGUGUUUGCUGAUUAUUGAUGCCUUUAAGGUAGCCGGUGGUAGACGCCUAGCUUCAGAGCAACCACAGGACAGGCGUGGUAGCACUUAACUUCCUGUUUGGUCAUUUAGGAAGAUCCCUCCUAACAGUGUAAUAGCACUGAUGACCUAAAACUCUUUCAAGUUUUAAGUCAAAGCCAACAAGGUGUCUUAGUAAAUAAUCACAGUGAUUUUUUUUUAGAGCAUAUUGAGAUUUUAACUGUGCCCUUACUGACAUGAUUGUAUAUGUAAAUGCGUACAGAGAACUGUAUACGUACGGCUGCACAUUUUCAUUCAUAAUGACUACAGUUGUAAGGUCAGCAUUAAUACAGCAUGCACUAUAAGAUCAUUGAGAGACUGACAAAUCACACUGGAGCAUGAAACACUAUCAGCCAGCCAACACCCUAAUAAUUGCACUUUUAACUUAAAGAAAACAGAAGUAAUGACGCGGUGAACGCCGCUUUUUUUUAGCCUUUAAUGGCCGAUAGCCGAUGGAAGAUUGCUUUGAUCUCCGCUACCAAAGCAUCAGAGCCGUCUUCCUGCAAAUACGGAGCGCCCACAUCUCCAGCGCCAUCAGAUCCGGUAACGUGUCAGAAUAGAUCCUACACACACAAACACACGAGCGCCCUCACAUCAUCAGUGUCUGCGCCGUGCAGAGCUUUCGGGUAGUGUGUCCAAAAAAACCCUUAGUGCUUGUUAUGACCUGCUCGGAGCAGCAGACGGGGGUAGUUCGUUGCGCAAUUGCUAAAGAAGUAUUUUUAUCUAAUCGUACUUUAUGUUGGGAAGAUUGAUGGUAGUGAGCAGUGGAACUCAGAGAAGCGCUGUCAUCACCUUCUUAUCCAAAAACUCAAAUUAAAGGGCCUACAGUGUAGCUGUUUAUGAACACACAAAAUCUGAAGGAUAAGCUGAAGUAUAGAAACAUAAGACAGAUAAGACUUAUUAGAUCUAGAAGCGUAUGUCGACAGUGUCUUUGUUUUUUGCACCAUGAUGUGUUAGCUACAGUUGUGCAUGUGGCCACCACGUAGGUCAUAUCUGAACUUUAUUAAUUGAUGGAGUACAUUCAUUUAAGCCAGGUCAGUACAAUCAGUGUUUCCUGUGAGAUUGGGUUUUUCUUCCUGUGCAGAUCACAACCGCUACUUUGCCAACAUCAGCAAAAGAAUGUUUUCCCAGCGAGAUAUCACACGGAAUAUAUUACACUGCAGUGUGGGUUUGCCUUUUUAUCACACUGUUUUUAAUGUCCAGGCAUUUCAUUUUAUCACAAAAGCGUGUUUUGUUUUUUAUUUUACCUCCGCCUCUGUAACUCCAGCUCUUCAUGAAAGUGUUGAUUAGUCGGGAGUCUGCUGAGCUGUCGCCUUUCGAAAUGAAUCCUGUUGCGACGUAGAGAGGUUUGCUCCUUCUCAGACACACUGCACGAUGGGCAAAUAAUCACUCGUUUAGUGACAAAACAAUUGGCAAUAGAUUGUUUCUGUGAUUUUUGUCCGUAAAACGUCACGGGAUGUAUGAAUGUAUGAAUAUAUGAAUGUGUUGCAGGCAGUGUAAACAUGUAAAAAAACAAAAGAACGUGUGAAACGUUAUUGAACAGUUCGGCAAAUGAAGGAUUGUAAAUAUGUAAAAUAAAAAAUAGACUGCGAGCAAUAGGAGCGUCAGAUUGAACUCUCUGUCACUUGCAGUGGUUUAUUUUGCCUGAAGGAUUUUUUUGUUUUGUUUUAUUGGCAAAGCACAGAGUGGAGCGUUACUGAGCACAGAAAGAUUAAACAUUACGCUGCCAUUUGUGAGGAUCAUGUUGCCUUAUGUUUGAAAAAUUGUGCCUCAUUUUCUUUUUUUCAGUAUCACUGAAAUGUAUCCAUGACGUAUUUUGUGUAACCCUGAUUUUCCCCAUUUGUUCGAGUCUCUGUGGCGGGAGAACAUUUACUAAGAACUUGUCUGUUACUGUACAAGAACCUAAAAGUGUGACAUAACGCUUCGACAUGAUUAACACUCAUGAAAAACGGACGCACAGCCUGCAACAGGUUUGGUUUGUUUGCUUCAAUUUGCAGUGCUGUUACAUUGACAAUAUUAAAAUAAAGAUACUAUACACUGCUGUGUUCGGUAUUAUGCAAUAUUUAAUAAACCAUUUAAACCAUUGCA